AUGUCCAUCUGCCACUGUUCUCGAUUGGACCUGGACGUUGUCUUGUCUACCUCUGUCCAACCUGUUCUUGCCAACUCUGCGAAGUUUGAUCCAGUUGGUCGUCAAACCAAUGCUCCAGCCGGUGCUCCAGUUGAUAACAGAGUGACUGUUGCUCUCGGGGCUACCCCACCCGUCAGCGACACUGGCAUUCUCGACAUAUCAUCAAGUCCAUCUGCCACCAGUGCUGCUUCCAAGGCCACAUUGUUCCAGGACAUUGCAACACGUGCGACUAGGAAGGCACGUGAAUCUGAGGUCGAGCAGCGAUUUAUCUCCCUUCUGGCCCCUGAAGUACAAGAAACAGUUCGAGCCUCGUCGGACAUCUACCAGGCGUUUGCCAUGGCUAUCAAGGGCGGUCAGGGGGAUCUUAGUCGAGCGGAGCUUAGGCAACUGAGUGGGCACGUUCAGAAGCUGGAGGUUAUGAUGGUCAAGAACUCAGAGUUGCAGGAAGCAAUGCUUGCCAAGCAGGAAGAAGUGAGGCAGCUGCAGGAGCAAGCCCUUAGCAACCAAGAAGAGAUGAAGCAGCUGCAGCAGCGAGCUCUUGAUCAGUUGGCCGCGCUCCAAUCUCGUGUGCAAGCCGUUCUGACUCAGACGUACGAACUCCACGAGUACCCGAUCCCUCGUCUUUUUGUUGUCCUUCCUCAAGACCCUUCCGGUUGGGAUUCCAUAAAUCCCUUCUCGAACAAGUUCCGUCUUUACUUUUUAUGCGAGUGCGGAGAACACACCAAGUCAAUCAACAGCAAGACCAAGAUCCCUCAUCACAUCCAUCUCGCUAAGCAUGAAGGUUACGAGAUUGCUCGGCCUUCAGAAUUCUUUCAGCAAUACGGUCCCUAUGUCCUCACGAUCCUCAAGAUGCUCAAGUUCGGAGUCACGGUCGCCGGCGUUGCUAUGCCUGCAUUUUCACAAUUGAUCAGCCCAGACGUCCUUGGCCAGACUAUCGAUGGUUUGAAGCAGCUGCAAGAUACCAUCGUACCUGGGGUGGAUCAAGUCAUAAACUGGAUGGACAAGGUCUCUGUGGACGAUGGCGAAGGUAUCGAGGGGGUUACCGGGCAGGUGGAAAACAAGGAGGCUUUGGAGGGUGCAGAUCUGCGCAAGUUGGAGACGUUCCUGAAGGACAGGGAUGGAAAUAAGGUGCUGGGAAAUCUGUACAGGACUGUAACGGAUGAGGGACACGUCAAAUGGGUGUGCAUGGACCAUUACCGCGAGAACUACAACAAGACGGCAGCCGAAGCAUUCCGACGUGCAGUUGAUGCAGUAGGAGGGUCAUUUGACGAGAACAAUGGUCUAGUGAAAGUGAAACUUCAGUCAAGAGUGUCGGCCAACCAAUUGCAUUUAGCGUUGGGAAAGGCGAGCUCCGUCCAUGAGCUCGAUAUCAUCCUGGACUGGGCCUGCACCGGGAGCGACCUUGAAGCUUUAGAGGAUGCACUCCAGAAAUCAGUAGUAUCGAUUCUUCAUGUUGAUCUCCAACAAUUUCGACCAAGCCUCAGCAACAAACUACUAUCGAUGCCCAAACGAUAUGAAGUCCUCGGUCGUAUUAUGAAACCUGGUAAUAUGAAAUCGGUUCAUAUUGUUCUUCCAAAGGAUCUCAUCAAGCUUUCCAACUUCACUCCAAAAAGACCACCCCACCUUCGCAAGUUAUCCUUUGAGAUGAUAGUUGUAUCAACCGUUCGCAUACAUGCAGAGACACUCGAGAGCGGCUCGACUAUGACCACGUUUUACCUGCGGAACAACUCGAUCGGAUCCAAUGGAGCUCAGGCGCUGUCUGAGGCACUCAAGACCAACUCGACUCUGACCACUUUGAACUUGGAGUUCAACUCGAUCGGAUCCAAUGGAGCUCAGGCGCUGUCUGAGGCACUCAAGACCAACUCGGCUCUGACCACUUUGAACUUGUCCAGCAACUCGAUCGGAGACAACUGA